AUGUGGAUCAAGGAGAAUGUAGAAAAUGUGGUAUGGCCAGCUAAGAUGAUGGCUGAGAUCAGAGAUAUCAGGAAAUUCUGCAAAUCUCAUAACGAACAUGGGCACAAAACAGACGAGUGCGGAGAUUUAAAAGUGGAAAUAGAAAGAAUGAUAGAUGCAGGCGAGCUAAGGAAAUUCAUAGCCCACAAAACAAAAAGCAGUGAUAAGGGAGAAAAGAGAAGCAGGGAUGACAAGGGAAAAGAAAAGGAAGAAGAAAGGCCAUCUAAGAUUCUGGGAACUAUGCACAUGAUCAAUGGAGAGGGACAUAUCAAUUCAACCAUUAGGAGAAAACAAAGGAGAGAAGUGAUGAAUAUCAGGGAGACACACAUGCCACGAAUGAUCUUUGACGUCGAGGAUUAUGAGCAUGUGAAAGCACCCUAUAAUGACGCUCUGGUGGUAACAACCAUUAUUGAAAAUUGGAACAUGGAGCGAAUCCUCAUUAACAAAGGAAGUGUUGUGAACCUUUAUGACAAACACUGCAUACAAAAUGUUAGGAGGGACCACAACAAGGUUGAGCCGAGUCUUGAUUCCAUUAUCCGGACUCGGAGGGCCUUCUAUCAACCCGCUCGGCGCUGUGUCUGUUGA